UGAACUUGUACAGUGUACACUUUUCUUCUUCAGGACAAGCCAUGCUUCAGCAUCUUGGAGAAGCCGUCUCGAACACGCUGUAUUACACUCAGAAAUGAUGGAGAUCAGUGAGGCGUCUUUACUGGAUUACAUCUACUCCUCAGGAGGAAAAGUCAAAAACUCAGAUUUGUCCAAAACAUAUAAGCCUUUUAUAAACCAUAGCGAUUUACAACUACGUGCCAAAUACAGAGAAGAGUUCAAAGUCAUCAUUGAUAGAAUCGCUGUGGUGAAAUCAGACAAUGGAGAGAAAUAUCUGGUCCUCAAGAAGAAGUAUAGACAACUGAUGCAAGAGCGAGAGUGUGGUGCUGGAAGAGAAGAUGCGAGAAAAGAUGAAGAAAAGAAAGAGCUCCGGAUCUCAAACCCAGUGCAGAACUCGGUUCCCACACAGAAUCCAGCGGCGGCACUGGUGUCCUGGUGCACGGGACCCGUAAUAACAGUCACGGAACCUACAGAACCCACCCAUACAGAAGAUACGGACAGCUCCCCCUCACUGCCAGCAGCUCUGGAGAGACCAGAGACUCUGGCGGAGGAACUCUCAGCGUCAGAUAGAGAUGAUGACCUAGACAGGGACUCGGGGUCAAAGAGUGAAUCCGAGCAGGAUGAGGAAUGUGGAGGCAGUUUGGGACCCAUCGCUGUGGCUCUGGAUCCUAUCGAAAAGGAAUGGAUUUUCUCAGCAGCGAGUGGCAGACUAUCUCACCUCACACAACUCCUGAAACAAGAUUCUUCUCUCGCCAAUAAAAAGGAUUUUACCUCAUUUACUGCCCUGCACUGGGCUGCAAAACACGGUAAAGCAGACAUGACCACGGUACUGGCGGAAUCAGGGGCCGACAUAAACACAAAAGCGGGUUAUACACCUUUACAUAUAGCUGCUCUACAUGGCCAUCGACAUAUAGUUGACCUUCUUGUCAGGACGUAUGGAGCAAAGGAGAACCUGCGGGACUACAGCGGUCACUUACCAAAUCAUUACCUCAAAUCACAGCAGACCCAAACAAAAGGCAAUGAACUAUCCGAGGUCAGCGAGUACCACAGUCCAGCUCAGGCCUCCGAGCGCAGGAACAGGAAGAUCACGUCCUUAUUCCAGUCCAUGAAGAAGUGGGGUUCUGCGGAAGAGCUCGCUGCCAUACCAGAGGAGAGGACCGUCGCUCAUCAGCUCAUGCUCCCUGCGUUUAGGCCGAGGAAGUUCUCACGGUAGAAACAUCUGCAGAUCUGACACAUUGAUCAUUUCUAAAAUCACUUGUUUUGAGUCUGUUUUUUCUCUUGGUGUAAAUAGUGUGAUGAAACUGCAUUCCAUGUAACAUUUCAUUCACUUUAAUUAUGUUUUUAUGAUUCGUUUUUGGUAGUAUUUUAUUCAGUAACGUAAAGGUGCAUGUCAUAAGUGUAACAGCUGUAUAUUUAUCUCUUAUAUUUUAUCCUAAAGAUGACAAAUGUUUACAUUUUUCACUAAAUGAUUAAAUGUAAAAACAGUGUAUUUUAAAACAACGCACAUUCCGUUUUUAUCAGCUUUAUUUGCCUCAUUUUAAUCUUUCAAAACAGCAACUAACCAAGUAAAUCCAAAUUUAGUCUAAAGGGUUUUAGAAAAAAUGUCUUAAACAUCUUAUAUAGUUAAUUUUUUAAAAACCUUCCGAAGAAGCUGGCAUGGCCUUCAGAAACGAAAACUAAAAUGUGAAAACAGUUUAAACCAAAUACAGGGUAUUUAACAAGCUUUACAUUCACUCAGAGAAUAAAACUGUCAAAGAGAAAAGAAAAAGUUUAAUCCUGAGGAAUCAAGUCGCAUCCAAUUUUUUUUUUUUAAAUAUGGAAAUGCAUUACAUUAUGGAAGUUAAACAAAUGAAUGUAUUUAAUUUUGCUUUAAAUGCAUUUUAGCCUUUUUUAUAUACGGACACGUCUUGAAUUUUAAAGGAUGAUAAACGGAAGUAAAUCUGCUCGUUGCCUUAUGAAGAAGUAUCGACUUCUGUUAAGUGUCUUAACCUAAUGCUUAUUUUCGCAAUGUAAUUAAUGUUUCCUGAUAUGAAAAGAAAAAAUAAAUAGUAUUGGAGAUAAUUUGUGCUCUUUAUU